GAGGAGGAGGAGGAGGAGGAGGAGGAGGAGGAGGGCUCUGCAUGGAAGUGAAUCUAGCCAGUGAUCUCCGAAGUGCAGCUCAAACGCCGCCUCAACUAACCGUCGGCGACACGACGCUGAGCGGCCAUUCUGGCGCAGACAACUUUGCGCCCCGCUUUUUUUCCCCUGCGCAACUCUUCCAUGUCUGGCUGGUGCGCGCUGGGAAUACAUCCAGCCUCUUCCGCGUAUUGGAUUUCCAUGCAAAGACAAGCUCGCCAGUGUGCCUCGCAGCUUUUUGUGGGGACUUUUACAACCUUUCAUUUCCUGCUCGCGCGUGGGAUUUAGGCGUGGACUCGGUUCGCUGUGGUCGCAGUCCACUUUUGGAUGAGCCCUGCGCAAAGCAGUGCACCGAAUGGAUGCCCGAUGUCUUUUAUUUAAGAGCCGAAUCUAAGAGUACAAAGUGCCAAAUUAAGCCCAGAUGGCGAACGAGCGAAAUCGCAGCAUCGUGGAGAAUUAUAUCUCCCAUAAACUCUCCAAACGCGGCUACGCGUGGGGGUUCGGUGCCGCUCGCGGGGAGGACGAUGCCGCCGCUGCUAAUAACGGCUUACUGGUCGCCUCCUCGCCGACUUUGGUGCUCCGGUGCCGGGAAGCCAGCGCUGGGCCCGAGCGCGACUCCAAGCGUAACCCCGGUUCUGACCCGCUCGCCGACAUCCACCGGGUCCUGCGCGAGGCCGGCGACGAACUGGAGAGACUUUACCAGCCGGACUUCACAGAGAUGUCUCGGCAGCUGUACCUCUUCUGCACAACUGCUCGGGGACGGUUCGCCGAGGUGGUCGACGAACUGUUCCGAGACGGCGUCAACUGGGGCCGGAUCAUAGCCUUCUUCGAGUUCGGCGGAAACGUGUGCGUGGAGUGCGCCACUAAGGAGAUGACGUCGCAUGUGGACAACAUUGCCGAGUGGAUGACUGAGUACUUAAACGGACCCCUCGGCAGCUGGAUCCAAGACAACGGGGACUGGGACGCUUUUGUGGAGCUGUACGACCGUCAGAGGGACUCGGUCUUCAGCUGCUCCUGGCCGUCUAUCAAGACAGUCUUCGGCCUGGCCGCACUUGGGGCGGCCAGCCUCACCAUCGGCGCGUACCUCACCCAGAAGUGAGGCGCCUUUCCCUCCACUUGGCUUUAAACACUUCAACCCCCCCCCCCCGCCUUCCCUCCAGUAAACACACACUAAGUUCACAUCAUCACGCUGACAACGCAGAACUGAAGAUUCUGCUUUUUAGCUUUCCCGACCUCGCCUUCUUUUCUACUAGUAGUCGCAUGAACCUUACAUUAGCGUAGACAGUAGUUGCACGUGUCGCAAGGGGAAAUGAGACGGACGAUGGGGACGAACCGUUGCGGUGCCCCUGCUUGUUGGGGGCGGAGGACCCCGUUUGAACUGCGGACUCCGGUUACCCCCUUACGCCCCCUCUCCUCUCUCGGUAGCCACCCAUCAAAGGACUUCCUGUGAAGAACAGCUGCUCAGAAUGUAUAAUGGAUUAGCGGAGGAAGUGGAUGUGUACACUGCACGGACACAAGUAUUGGGACACCUAGUUAGCCACAAUAAAGUGGAACCGAUACAUAAAUGGAUGGAUAAUCACAGUAUGUCUGAAAUCCAAAGCCAGUAAAAAAGAUAUUUGUUCAUUCCACUAAUUUUUAAUUUAUUUUCAAAUGGGGUGGUUGGUAUAUAAAAGAAAAAAAAACCCCUCAAUGUUAUUAAAAGUGAAAACAAUAAUUUUAGCAAGAAACACGUUGACGAACAUGAAAUGAUCAGACAUUGGGAAAAUACAAGUUCUGUGUCUAUCCUCGAUGGAGACGUAGGUCCCAAUACUUGCGUCGACAUUGUGUAAUCUAAAAGCUGGAUGCGAGUGGGGUUUUAGCUCCGGAACGUUCAAGCACAGAAAAGUGAACGUUUGGGGGACACAAAGAAGAUAUCCGAUGGCAGAGAGAAGGACGAAGAAGCAUGUUGAACUGAGCACAAGAGGAGCAAAGCGUCUCAUGGAAAGGAAUUAGCAAAGAAGCAUUCCUGUUGGAAAAGAAUCCUCCAGAGAAGUCAUCGCCAACUUCAACACGUUAUUUACAUUUGUUUGUCGUUGCUUUAUUCAUACACACACGAGUGCGCUUCAGGGUACACAAAUAGAUUUUUUUUCUGAUCAGGUUUAACAUUUACGAUCGGACAUACUAUAAAUCAGGUCUUUGCCUACUUUGAUUGAAGGGAAGAACGGAGUGGUUCUCAUAAUGGGCCUGAUUAUCGGUGUGUUUGUACCCUGCUGCGGUAGCCGUCUGGUCCGGUAGUGACCUCAGCUACUUGGAUUCGGAAAAUCACAUCAGGCCCCCCUCCUCGAAAAAAACCAACAAAAAAAACUGUUCCACUGUGGUGGAACCUGAGAAAUCCCUCCCCUCAUCGAAGAGCUCCUGUUUUAUUGAUGUAUGUCUUGUGUUUCAGUCUAACAGAAAAACUGGAAAUGAUCCAUGAUUUUUUUUUUGUGUGUGUGUAUACAGUUUUUUUUUGUAUUCUUAAAAAAAAGAAAGUCUUUGCAUGAGUGAAAGACACUGAUGUCCCACAAUAUUUAUACACGAGAACAGCUUGGAAGAGGACAUAAACAACAACAUUGUCUAUUUAUUGAGCGGUACCAGCUUUUCAACAGUAAAGUCAGUGAUUUGAAUUUUUUUCCCCCCCUUUCUAUGGAACAACACUGUAACGACAUUAUUUUCCGGCUGCUAUUGUAACACCACGAUGUUUUUAAAGUGAAUCAAAAGUGUCCAUAUUGGCUUGAGGCUAUUACGAGUUUCAUUUCACGUCGCCGUGUACAGCUUCAACUGCCACCGUCUCGUCCUAGAUAGCUGCAAACCAAAGUCGACUCGUAUUUAUGUUGAAUUUGUCACCCCUAGAGGUAAAGAUGUUGCUUGGCCAUGACAAUGUUAACUGUACUAUUGUAAUCCGCUUUAUGUCCACGGCAACAUUUGCUGCUGCUGCUGCUGCUGUUGCGGGCCUCAAUGCGAAAAGCAGCCACAGCUUGCUCCAACAGUUAAACAACAGAAUUUUUCAUUGUUGCAAUGUAUUCCUUGUACAUAAGAAUGUAGGCACUAUGGUUGCUGUACUGUUUCACACCUAUAAUCGCAUACCUGUAGCACUUAACGAGAAAAAAAAAAAAGAAAGUGAAAUGUGUUUUGUUGUUUACUCCUAUAAUCUACAAUAAGCUAGGGGAUCCCAUUGUUCUUAAUAAAAACAUUUGUCGAGUA